AUGUCGCACCGUAAAUUUUCGGCUCCAAGGCAUGGAUCUAUGGGUUUUGCCCCAAAGAAACGUUCGCGGACUUAUCGAGGCAGGAUAAAGGCUUUCCCGAAAGAUGAUCCUUCGAAGCCAAUUCAUCUUACUGCUUUCCUUGGUUACAAAGCAGGCAUGACCCACAUCGUUCGUGAUGUGGACAAACCAGGAUCGAAGGUGAAUAAAAAGGAAGUUGUCGAGGCCGUAACUAUUAUCGAAACUCCACCUAUGGUGAUUGUGGGCAUCAUAGGAUACAUCGACACUCCACGAGGACCUCGUUCGUUCAAAUCGGUCUUCGCAGAGCAUCUUAGCGAAGAUUGCCGCCGACGUUUCUACAAGAACUGGUGCAAGUCUAAGAAGAAGGCAUUCACCAAGUAUGCUAAGAAGUGGCAAGAUGAGGACGGAAGAAAAGUCAUCGAGUCGGACCUCGCCAAGAUGAAGAAGUAUUGCUCAUCAAUCCGAGUCAUUGCCCACACUCAAAUGAAAAUCCUCAAUCGCAAACAAAAAAAGGCCCAUCUCGUCGAGAUUCAAAUUAAUGGUGGUACUAUUGAUCAAAAGGUCGACUGGGCAAAGGAACAUCUCGAGAAGCAAGUCCCCGUUGAUACCGUAUUUUCGCAAGACGAAAUGAUCGACACCAUCGGUGUGACUAAAGGACAUGGAUUCAAAGGCGUCACCAGUAGAUGGGGAACGAAGAAGCUUCCCCGUAAAACCCACAAGGGACUCCGCAAGGUCGCUUGUAUUGGAGCAUGGCAUCCUUCUCGUGUCGCUUUCACAGUUGCUCGUGCUGGCCAGAAAGGUUAUCAUCACCGAACUCAUAUUAACAGCAAAAUCUACAGGAUCGGACGUUCAUGCAUCACUCCGGAUGGCAAGAACAAUGGUGCCACUGAGUUCGACCUCACAGAGAAAAGUAUCAAUCCAAUGGGAGGCUUCCCCCGCUAUGGUUUGGUGAACCAAGACUAUGUUAUGCUUCGUGGAGCCGUAGUAGGACCAAAAAAACGUCUAAUCACUCUAAGAAAAUCUCUUAUUGUUCAAACAAAGAGGUUCGCCCAUGAGAAAAUAAAUCUGAAAUGGAUUGAUACCAGCUCUAAAACCGGUCACGGACGAUUCCAAACGACGGCUGAAAAGAAGGCGUUUAUGGGCAAACUCAAGAAAGAUUUCAUUGCCGAAAGUAAAGCGUAG